AUGAGUAACCACGCACCCAUCGCUGUCGAAAUUAUCUGGUUUACACCGUCGGAGGAAUACCUCGCGGAUCCCGAAAAAAUGCUUGCUCCUGUUGGGAAGAUUUCCUCAGAAGCUGGCAUGAUUGCCGCAAAGUAUGGCCUCGAUUCGGAACGCCAACGAACGGCGGUGUGGGUCUUUGGUUGGCAAAGUCUAGCGCAUCACCGCCGUUUCCUAGAGGGCGAUCAUUAUGUUGACGCGAUGCUCCCCAUCCUCGGAGCCAUCAUUGGACCCUCUUCUGGAUUGACACAAAUAGUUCUUGACGAUAGUUCUGAAUUCCUCCAGGUUAUUUCUUGUCUCCACACACAGUUUAUCUACAUAACUGCCCUCCCGCCACACCACGACCAUUUGGCCCCAAUCGUCGCGACUCUGAAAAGGUUACACCAAUCUCUACCUGGGUGUUGCGGCUCAAGUUGGGGUACAUCAGUCAAUGGGGAUGUACAGGUUGGGAUGGUUGGGUGGAGGAGCAUAGAGGAUUGUGCGCGUGCCUUUACGGGAGAGUUAGCGCCAACUAUCAAACUCUUAAAGGGACUUAGCAGGCUCGAGAUUCGGUAUACUACCUUAAACCCCAAACCGUCAAAGUAUUGCGACACCGAAAAUUGUCUCCCCCGACCUCGAAAUCCUGAGGACGAAGUGACCAUUUUAGGGAGCUAG